CUGCCAAGUCCUCCUUGGCUCCUGCCCGUUCCAGGUCGCCAAACGAUCUCUCUCUCUCUCUCUCUCUGAGCAUCCACUGAGGAAGAAGCUGUAUUAAUUCCGUGCACUGCCUGCUCAAGAAUCACCGAGAACUUGCUGUUCAUCCAUUUUUUUUGUUGUGGAUUCGAGACUUCAGAUAGCAGUGGACUCCUGCCCACUCCAAACAAUCUCUCUGACUCUCUCUGUGAGCGUCCACUGAGGAAGAAGCUGUAUUAAUUCCGCAGACUGCCUGCUCGAGAAUCGCCAAAAACUCUCUGUUCAUCCAUGUAAAGUGGAAUCGAGACAGCAAGGUUAGUCGUCCUGGUCACGGUGUGACGUUAGCUGAUUUCUUUUGCAAUUUCCUGUCCUCAGCUUCCAUCUCAGCUUCUUUGAGAUUAAAGCUCAAUAGCCUCAAUCUUGUUCCCUGCUUCACUGGCUCCCCCGGAAAGAAAUCUCCAAACGGAACUUUGCCUCACAGCUCCUCUAAGUCACAGGCUUUCCUCUUUCUUUUUUUGUUCCCCAAAUUGUCCGGAAGCGUUCACAGCGGUCCAAUUGAAACUCGGAGUUUAAUCUCAAAGAUUAAAUAUUUACUUGUCAACCUUGGUGGAGCUCAGGAUUUGAUUUCUGGGUGUCAUCUGUUUCCUCCUAUUUAGUUGUAUUUUUUUGAUCGGAUCUAUCCAUACUGGUCCUUCUAUGGAGUUGAUGUCUUUCUCGGCAAUCAUCAGAAACCUGUGUUUCUGCGUCCUUCUAUUCUCCGGGACUUGCUUUUGUGGUCCUCCACUCGUUGGCAAGAUUCCGCCUGGAUUCCAAGCUUCUCAGAUGGAGUGGGUGGAUCAAAGUGGCAGGUUCUUGCUAUCUAACAAUUCGGCAUUUUCUUUGGGAUUUUACACUGGCGUUGAUGUCACGACCUUUGUGUUGAACAUCAUUCAUAACAACAGUUCUCAAGCCAUUUGGACUGCUAACAGAAGACAAUUAGUCAGCAGUUCUGAUAAGUUUGUGUUUGAAGAAAAUGGGAAUGUCUACUUGAAGAAGGGGAAUGAUACCGCCUGGUCGACUUAUACAGCCGGAGAAAAGGUCACUGCCAUGGAAUUGCUGGAUUCUGGUAACUUGGUAUUGCUUGGGGAGAAUGAUAGAAUCCUUUGGCAGAGUUUUAGCAAUCCUACUGAUACUCUUGUGAGUGGUCAGGAAUUUACAGAAGGGAUGAGCCUCAAAAGUUUCCCAAACACUAACAAUAUGUCAGCGUAUCUCAAUAUUUCGUUGGGCGAUCUGAUCUUGUCUGCUGGAUAUCGGACUCCACAAAUUUAUUGGUCAUUGAAAGGUGACAGCCGUAGAACAAAUGCUAGCAAUAGCAAUGGCAAUGUUCACUCUGUGGUUUUGGUCUUGAACUCAUGGAACUUCUAUGAUCAAAAUAAGACCUUACUUUGGCAGUUUGUCUUCUCUGGCAACUCUGAUCCAAGUGCCCUGUGGGCUGCAAUUUUGGGACCCAAUGGGAUGAUCACGUUCGUUAAUCUUCAAAAGGGGAAGUCAAAAACUGCGGAAGCUACUCGGAUACCCGAGAAUUCAUGCAGUGUCCCAGAAUAUUGUAACCCCUACGAGAUUUGUUACUUUGAGAGCUGGUGUCAAUGCCCUCCCGCUCUCAAUGGCAAGUGUGGACCUCAACCUCUAUCAUCAUGCAGCUCGUCUUACAGAUCGGUACAUUUUGCGUACAUAGCAGAGAAGCUUGAUUAUUUUGCACUUGGGUUUGUGACUCCCUCUCUAAAGUCCAACGUGAAUGCUUGUAUAGAAGCUUGCCGAAGCAAUUGCUCUUGUAAUGUGCUACUGUUUAAUAGCAGUUCUGGGCAUUGCUUCUUGUUUGACCAGAUAGGAAAUUUUGAAAGAUCUGAUCCAAGUUUGAAUGGUUAUGUUUCGUACAUGAAGGUUUCAACUAUAUCUGGGGCCAAUGGCAGCAAGAAUAUUAAGAAGGAAGCGAUUGUGAUUGCAGUCAUCAUUUUUGCAACUGUCGUAGUCAUUGCUGGUCUAGCUUAUAUUGGAUUCUGGUAUCACCAGAAAAAGAAGUCAUUGCCCGACUAUUCUGAAGAAAUUCUCGAAGAAGACAAUUUCUUGGACAGUCUUUCAGGUAUGCCUAUCCGCUUCAGUUAUGGUGAUCUGAGUAGAGCAACGAAAAACUUCUCCUCAAAGAUUGGGCAAGGAGGAUUUGGAUCGGUCUACGUAGGUGUUCUUGCGGAUGGUACUCAUUUGGCUGUGAAGAAACUGGAGGGUAUAGGCCAGGGAAAGAAAGAGUUCAGAGCUGAAGUUAGUAUUAUAGGGAGCAUCCAUCAUGUCCAUUUAGUCAAGCUAAAAGGUUUCUGCGCCGAGGGGUCUCACCGGCUUCUUGUUUACGAGUUCAUGGGGAAAGGGUCUCUGGACAAAUGGAUUUCCAAGAAAUGCGAGGCCAGUAAGAUUUUGGAUUGGAAUACUAGAUUCAAUAUUGCUUUGGGUACAGCCAAAGGAUUAGCUUAUCUACACGAAGAGUGUGAAGUCAAGAUUGUCCACUGCGACAUCAAGCCCGAGAAUGUCCUUCUGGAUGAUAAUUUUGUUGCGAAAGUGUCAGACUUUGGUUUGGCCAAGCUAAUGAGCCGGGAAGAGAGCCUUGUGUAUACAACAUUAAGGGGCACGAGGGGUUACUUAGCACCAGAAUGGAUCACAAACAACCCUAUAUCUGAAAAGAGUGAUGUUUACAGCUAUGGAAUGGUGUUGCUUGAGAUCAUCGGAGGCAGGAAAAAUUACGAUCCUGCGGAAUCUCCUGAAAAGGCCCAUUUUCCUUCUUAUGCCUUCAAAAUGUUGGAAGAAGGAAAGCCACAGGAAAUUCUAGAUUCUAGGCUAGAAUUCGACGAAAAUGAUGAGAGGAUUGAGGACGCAAUCAAAGUUUCCCUGUGGUGCAUACAGGAUGAAAUGCAUCUAAGGCCACCAAUGACUAAAGUUGUUCAAAUGCUUGAGGGCUUCUGCGCCAUACCUCAUCCCCCGAUUUCCUCUCAGUUUGGCUCUCAGGCUAGCUUGAGCUUUUAUAAAUGGAGCAGUGAAGACGGCACUUCAACUAGACCAACGAAUUGGAGUAGUGAUGCAUUUCAAUCAGAAAUUCAGCUGUCAGGUCCUAGGUAACUUUUAAAUAGGUGAAAAAGCCGGCAAUACAUGAAAGAGAAAAAGUUCCUGUUAUCUGUGAUAUAUCAUCUUGAACUACAGUUAUUCAAGUUUUUUAAAAUUCAUUUUUGCACAUUGUCAUACAAUGCCUGGUGAGAAGCAUAAUGUACGCCCAACCGAAUUACAAAUUACCUUUAGGUUCUUUUGAAACAUUCGCAUUUGUAGAUUAUAAUCCCUUCUUCUGAGAAUUGGUUGAAUGAGCUGCAAUGACCUUUUCUUAUCUGCUACUUCUAAACUUGCGCUCAUCUGUUUAAAGUAAUAGUCAUCAUGUCGUAUCUUUCUGAA